UAAAUGAGCAGGUGUCAUGUGAAUCGGUGAGCAUCACUCUAACUUUGUCACUGCCCCACUACACUGAUCUCACUGCAUUAGAUAUGGCUGCUGUCAGACUCAGCUGUCUUUACUAAAUGCAGAGAGAGCAUGCAGGAAAGAGCAACAAUAUGUCAUGUGGUGUUAUUGGUGUCAUUACUGUUCUCAUGCACCAACCCUGGGUACAUCUGGGUUACUAAAGAUAUUACUAAUUGACAACAGCUUUGAUUAGUAUCUAUGUACAUGUUUUUAAUAGCACGCAUAUGAACGUUCCGUUUAUAUGGAACUGUCCCUUUAAGAAUGAGAACCUCUUUUUAUAAUGAUUGUAUGCAAAAUAUGGGUGAGCAAAGCAAUUCCUAUCUGAUUGGCUGUAAAAGUUAUUGUCCCGCCUCCCUACUGGAAGGAGGAUUCUUAUUGGAUGGUUGAUUUAUCAUUCAGGGGAGAACAGGUGAAGCAGCGAACUCUUUCGUAAAGUUGUUAUUUUGUUUGUAUGCUGGGUGUUUUCAGCAGGAAUGAGUGUUUUUUUAAUCGAUUUAGUUGUUUAUUUUGAGUAUUUUCAGUGAGUUUGUGAGAUUUAGUGUCACGCGAGACGGCACUUGCCGUGUUUGUUUAUGUUGGAACGGAAAGUCCGUUAUUCCGGUUAACGGCGGAAGAAGUAGAGAGAGAGAGAGAGAGGGAGAGAGAGAGAGACGGGAGCGAGCGGGUGUGAUUCGGAGGAGGACAUGGUUGGAGGACAGAUCCCAGAUAGCGCUAGCAACGUCUCAGGCCUGCAACGGUGGGGUGUGUGAGUGUGUCUGUGUGAGCUCACAAGUCAUUGAUUUAUUGACAGGCCAUGGCUACAAAAGACACAAGAAACUUGCUAAAAUGAAUGUAGGGUUACUUGCAUGUAUGAUAUUGAGGUUGAUUAACCAAGUGUAUGUGUUGCACAGAUAUAACUGGUUGUGUGUGUGUGUUUGUGUAUGUGUGACAUACAUUUCAAAAAAUCUUGCCUGCUCUUUGGCUCUGAGGUUGACAUCAUCUGAACUGCAGAAUCUGUGGAGACAACAGAAUAAAUUAAUGAAACAAAACAAAUUUAAGAAAAAACCCACAUCAAACAUUUUUGUCAGCACGUCUUUACUGACCAUGUGGAGAGGUUUUCAGUUCCUCAGUGCAGAAUUCCUCCAGUCUGUUUCUGUUGUCAGACAGCGGAACGAGUCUGAAAUAGUGAGUGAAACGCGGCUCAUUAAGACUACAUGUUAACCAGCAGUCACUUCCAAGCCAUUUCCAAGCUGCUGCUCUGCGCUGCUAAAAUCCUGAUUUUAUAACCGCCACGUCGUCUGACAAAAUCACCACACACACAAGUUAAAGACAUCGGCUGUGCUGUGAUUUCGGCUAUAUUUAGAUGGAAAAUGAUCACUCAGAGAGAAAGUUACAAGCCACAGAAUGCGACUUUAAAAAGAAACCAAACUUCCCCCUACUGCCCACUUCCGCCCUCUGCUGGUGAAAAUACUGUUCACACCAUUCUCACCAGUAAACUAACACCAGUCAGUUACAUUUUAAACCUUCUGGUGUUCAACUAGUCACGUGUUUAUUGUUUAUUUCCUUAAAUCUUGGAUGUUAAGACUCUCUUACUGGAUUAUAGAGCGAUUAGUGCAUUUGCAGCUUUAUACAGCUGUACUGGUAUAUCUCAGAAAGCCUGACAGACUCUGUUCCAAAUCAGGUUUGAAAUGAAUCAGGUGCUGACUCUUUACUACACACUGAAUGGCUGAUCAAAUUAAACUUAGGACCAAGCCUUGGGCAUGGUGGUUUAGUGAUUAGUAUGUUUGCCUCCAGUCCUGGGGUUGGGAGUUUGAUUCCUGCCUUCUGUGUGUGUAGAGUUUGCAUGUUCUCCCAGUGCUUUGGGUACUCCGGUUUCCUCCCCCAGUCCAAAGACAUGCAUUAUAGGCUGACUGGCAUCUCUAAAUUGUCUGCAGUGACUGAAUGGGUGUGUGAGAGUGUGUUGGUUUGUGCCCUGUGAUGGGUUGGCCAAGGUGUCUCCUGGGAGGGGAGAGUGUCUCCGAGUCUCCUGGUAUAGGCUCCAGGCUCCCUGCAACCCCGGAUAUGGUGCUGGCACAUAGAACCUCAUAAAACCAAGUUCAUCUAUAAGUUAGAAAUGUAGUUUCCAUGUUUUUUGGUGUUGGUGCCAGAAUCCUUUUUGUGGACGACAUUGAUAAACAUGUCUUUGCCAACCAUAUGGUACAAAGUUGUACAUAAUUCUGUACAAAAUAUACAGACGAUAAAAGGAAAAUUCAAUUCAUUAUUUGUAUAGCGCUUUUUUUUUUUUACAAAGGUCAUUGUCUCAAAGCAGCUUUACACAAACAAAAGUAAAACAGUACACACUCUCUAACGUUUUUUUUUAACACUGUUAUGUGGAAAUGAAACUAUUUAAGAUGUGUUACAUAAAAGUGGCAUUUAUCAUCUAAACGUUUAUCUUUCUAGCUGCAGAUUAAUUAAUAUCACUACAUUCUCUUCUGCAUUUCCUGGAUAGUUACUUCCUGAAAUAGACAAGAAUGAGGAGGGAAUGUUUGAAUUACAGAAGUUCAGAAGUGUGUGUAUUUUGACGGAGAAACCAAGAGAUGGAUUGUGUUUGUGUUCAAACCCUUUAGAUGAAGAGUGUUGGAUUUCUAUAUUUUUUCUAAAUGCAUUUUUUCACUUGUAUUUUUUGAGAUUUUAAUCAAGUCCUCUGAAUCAACCAUUUCCAACCUUCAUAAAAUCCAUCUUCAUCUCGCAGCUUCAGGGUCUUGGGUUCGAUCCUGAGCUUGCUUUACUGUAUGUGAGGAGUUUCAUAUGUUCUUCCUGUCCAAAAACAUGCAGGUAGGCAGAUUGGCUAUGCUAGAUUGCCCCUAGGUGUGAAUGUGUGAGUGAAUGUGUGUGAAUGGUGCCCUGAGACUGAUUAGUGUCCCAUCCAGGGUCAGUUCUCCCACCUUGUGCCCAGUGCUGCUGGGAUAGACUCCAGAUCCACCGUGACCCUGAUCAGGAUAAAGCGCAUACUGAAAAUGAAUGAAUGAAUAAAUGGUUAAAAACUGUUUAAGUGAAAUUAGUUAAUAAAUAAAUUAAUAAAUAAAAAGAGCAGUUUGUGCCCUAUGGAGUCUUUCAUUUCAAACUUCAAACAUUCAGUGGACAUAGCACAGUCACAGAGAGAAAGAUUUAAAUCUACUGUAAACACAUGAGCAGUGCCUGUGAGUGACAAUAACAAAUCUCUGAGGAAAAAACACACUGGUGUAAGCGAGCAGUGGCAGCAGCAGCAGAGAAAGAUAAAGUAGUUGACACUUCAGGAUGUUCACAGGUGAGAAGUCAAGUAAAAGCAAUGUUAGAGUUUAGUUUCAUACCUGUGUGUUCUCACAUAUAAAGAACUGAGUUAAGUUUGAUCUCUGUGAGAAUUAGCGUAUAGGUGUGAGUGUGUCUCUGCAGGGUGGUGGGGUGUCAAUGCAGGGGGUGUGAGUUAAUUCCUGACAGCUGCAUCCUCCUCCCUUUUAAAAUGGCUUCAACAUUCUUCCAGGAUGAAUAUAAUUUUAAAGAUGUCACUAGGAAUAAGUUGUUAAAUUGUAACAACUGUAACUUAUCAACAAGGCUGAAAGUUUUGCUUGAGGUGUCAGUAGGCAAAGAAGACCAGAAAAUUAAGACUCAUUCUGUGUGUUUCAUGAAAUUAAUCCUAGUAAGUGUAGCUACAUGGGUUAUAUUUAUGCACUGAAGGGAGAUGAAAUAGUUAACAGAGGAGGAUUCAUAACCUCUCUGCAGAUGUGAUCCUCCUCUUCCUCUCUCUCUCAUACACACAAACAGAACCAGGAAGUAACUCCUCAUUUCAGAGAAAGCAAAACUGAUCUCUCUGAGAGUGUGUGAGUUCAGGAAAAUGGCAGAAGCCAGUAUUUCAGCAGAUCAAUUUUCAUUGGAUCAGUUCAGCUGUCCAGUCUGUCUGGAUCUCCUGAAGGAUCCAGUGACUAUCCCCUGUGGUCACAGUUUCUGUAAGGUGUGUAUUAAUGGCUGCUGGGAUCAGGAGGAUCAGAAGGGCGUCUACAGCUGUCCUCAGUGCAGAGACACUUUCACUCCAAGGCCUGUCCUACGCAGAAACAACAUGCUGACUGAAGUGGUGGAGAAACUGAAGAAGACUGAACUUCAAGCUGCUUCUCCUGCUCACUGUUACGCUGGACCUGGAGAUGUGGAGUGUGAUUUCUGCACAGGGAGAAAAUACAAAGCAGUCAAGUCCUGUCUGAUGUGUUUGACUUCAUUUUGUGAAAGUCAUCUGAAACCUCAUCUAGAACGUCCUGCUUUGAAAAAACACACAUUAAUUGAAGCCUCAGCAAAACUACAAGAGAAGAUCUGCUCUCAACACAAUGAAGUGCUAAAGAUCUACUGUCGUACUGAUCAAACCUGCAUCUGUUAUUUGUGUACGAUGGAUAAUCACAAAGGUCACGACACCGUCACAGCCGCAGCAGAAAGAGCUGAGAAACAGAGUGAGUUAAAGCAGGAGCAGAUGAAAUCCCAGCAGAGAAUCCAGGAGAAGCAGAAGAAGGUGCAGGAGCUGAAACAGGCUGUGAACACUAUAAAGCUCAGUGCACAGACAGCAGUGGAGGACAGUGAGAGGAUCUUUACUGAGCUGAUCAGCUCCAUGGAGAAAAAGCGCUCGGAGGUGACGGAGCUGAUCAGAGCUCAGGAGAAGGCAGAACUGAGUCGAGCUGAACGACUCCUGGAGCAACUGGAGCAGGAGAUUGCUGAUCUUCAGAGGAGAGUCAAUGAGCUGGAGCAGCUUUCACACACACACGAUCACAUCCAUUUCCUCCAGGCUUUAGCUUCUGGACGUCAGUCUCCCACACUUAAAAGAUCAGAUUUUCACACAUCCAGCAUCACUGUCCAUCAACAUCUCUCAUUUGAUGGAGUGAGAAAUUCUCUCUCAGAUCUGAAGAAGAGACUCGAGGAAUUCUAUGAGGAGGAAUUCAACAAAAUCCCUCCACAUGCUGCAGCAGUUCAGAUCAUUUUACUACCAGAGAGCAGAGAAGAUUUUCUGAAAUAUUUCUGUUAUCUCACUCUGGAUCCCAACACGGCACAUCGUAAACUCAUUCUGUCUGAGAACAACAGAGCGGUGAGAUACAGUGAGAGAGAGCAGCAGUACUCCGAUCAUCCAGAGAGAUUUGACUCUAUCUGGCAGGUGUUGUGUAAGGAGAGUGUGUGUGGACGCUGUUACUGGGAGGUGGAGAGGAGCAGUGAUGAUGUGUUCAUAUCAGUCUCAUAUAAAGACAUCAGCAGGAAAGGACGGGGUGAUGAGUGCAAGUUUGGACGCAACAAUCAGUCCUGGAGUCUGGAGUGUUCUUCUUCUUCUUCUUCUUCUUCUUCUCUUUGUUUCUAUCACAACAACAUUGAGACUAAACUCAGAGUUCCAUCAUCCUCCAGAAUAGGAGUGUAUGUGGAUCACAGUGCAGGAACUCUGUCCUUCUACAGCGUCUCUGACACGAUGAAGCUCCUCCACAGAGUCCACACCACAUUCACUCAGCCUCUAUACGCUGGGUUUAGGAUCUACUGUUUGUUUGGUUCUACAUCUGUGAGAUUGUGUGAUCCAAAAUAAAGUGUGUAGUGUUUUAUGUAAAAUUCCUGCACAUUGCCACAUUGUUGCUCAGUCAUCUGUCUGACUAGCACACAAUCCAUCUGCACAAAAACACACUCAUUUAAAUGUAUUCAUUAAAAUGGAUUAGUCAUUUUACAAUAAUUAAAAAGGAAAUGUUAAAAAUGAAAGGGGAGUAAUGACUUUAAUAUUUUCAUUGAGAGACACAUUACCUGAACCCGGGGCUCCACCCUAACAGAACUUAGGAGAAGUAAAUCCUAGGAGGC